AUGGAGUCGAUGCACUGGGCGCGCCCCACAAACGACAAGUGCCCUCUGAGAUGGCAUGGGGUUGUCAUGGCUUGUGGGACCAAACAUGGGCAAAGACAAAGCAAGAAGGAUCAGGUCGAGGUCUAUCGCUUCAACGGACAGCUACUUCCACGUCGCGACCGAGAGCGGAAAGGGCUGACCGCUUCCUUGUUGUCUUGGGAAGAGUGGCCCACCAAGGAGGAGCUCAUCUCGGCACUGGAUCUACAACUGGAGAACGGAGGUGGCUUGGUCUUAGUCCACGGGGGUCCCGGAAGCGGCAAGACGGAGUUGGCCGCGCACGUCCGCGCCUGGGCCAACGAGCAUGACCUGACCGUGCUCGCUGGUCAAAACCAGAGUCCCACCGGGACGAUCACGGUGCCGAGGCUUUGUUGGCAGGAGGUCUUCGGGGCCUUGCUGAAGGAAGCGCGUGCCGAUCCGUUUUGGAAUCCGAAGAAUGAGUCGGCCAACGAUCGGGAGAUCUUGCGACGGCUCCUAGACGUGGCCGGCGCCACGAAGGAACUGCUGGCGUGGUUGCCCGUGCUGCGGCUAUUCUUUCCCGGGCUUUACUUUGGGCCCAACGUGGUGAACGCCAUGGUCGAACGGGACGGCCUGCAUGCGACGCGGCCUUCGCGGGUGGUCACGCUCUGCAAGAUGUUGAUCAGUGCCUUUGCGAGGCACUCGACCACCAGCAACGGCACCGUGGUUCUGCUUCACUUGCGUCGUUCCACCUCCUUCUUUGGCCAAUCAGAUGACUACGAUGAGAGAAUCGUGGAUGGGAUCAUGGAGCUCACGGAGCUUCGAGGCGCCAAGCCGUUGAUCUUUUGCCUGGUCGCCCGGGAGGCGGGACUGCCCUCCAAGGCGGUUCAGCCACGUGCGAGGCAAGUCAGCGGCGAAGUGCGAGUCAACAACCUCUCGCUGGACCUCACUGAGAUGUAUGUCCAGCACAUGGUCCAAGCGACCGAGGGCGUCCACCCAGACCUCCUUCAGUACAUCUUCGAGAGCAGCGGCGGGAACCCCUACGGCACCCAGCUGGUGCUCUCGGAGCUCCAGCAGCGAGGCACCGUGCAGGUCCUCGAGGGCCGCCUGGAGAUCGAUGGCACGGGCCGCCUGCGUCAGGAGUACCCACAGGUGCUCAUUGGCAUGGCCUUGGCCACCUUUGAGAAGUUGCCUCAUCGACAGCAGGACUUG